GCACCGGAGUUAAUAGAGAUACCAGCGGACCGAGCACUGGAGCAGCAAAAAAUAAACCAGUCAGUUUGGUUGAGCUCUCACUCAGCUGUCAGUCACAGAGGCUCAGAUCACAGGUGACAUUUGACUAUGUCACAUCACAAUUUAUAAUAGAAGCGGGCUUCUCUUGUUUCACCUACUCUUGCCUACUCGGAUCAUCGCCGCGUCGAUCGAUCGGGAUCAUCUUCUUGCUAACCAAUCCGGUUCCUUUUCGGUAUUGAGUCGUUGUCCGGUGCAAUUUUGGUUUAGUCGUGUGGCUAAGCCGCAACCGAAGGGAUCAAUCGCGUGUGUUUGUUUUCCUUGCCUUUUUUUUGGAAGUGGUCGAGAAUCUCUAUUGUCUCCAGAUUGACCGAGAUUGAUUCGGACACAGCUCACACUCCGGAUCGAUUACUUCACCGGAGUCGGUCCUCGUGAACGCACACGUGUGCUAGCUUUCGGGUGUCUUCGCAAGAAAUCCUAUCCAGUGAUAAGUGAAUUAUGGAUGACAAGUUUGUACUUGAAUGAUUGAAGAUUGAUUCGUUGAUGAUAAAAAAUUAUCAAGUGAGAAUUUAAGUGAAAAACAGCAAAGCCAAAGGCUAAUAGUGAAAAGUGAAAUUUUCAUAAGUGAAAAGGCAAACAAUUUCAAAACAAGUUUAACGCCAGCAUGGCAUUGGAAGACCGUUGCAGCCCACAAAGUGCUCCCAGUCCACCACAUCACCAUCAUCAUCACCACAGCCAGAGUCCAGUGAAUUCCGCCACGAUGAUGAGCACUGCCUCCACAGGAGUUAGCCGGGUUUCGCCAACGGGCGAAGAAAUGGUGCCAAUGUCACCGCUGCAUAUCAAGCAGGAAGUGAUAGAGCACGUCGUUCCACCUCCGCCACCUCAACAUGCCAGCCUCACCUUCUCCAUCUCCAACAUCCUUAGCGAUAGCUUCGGAAAAGGACCCUCGGCACCGAGCUCAACCCAGCAGCCGGUUAGUCCGAUGGCAAGUCCAUCCUGCGGUUCCGAUUCCGGAAGCCCGAACGGACCAUCCCAGUUACACCAUCUCCACCACCACAGCUUCCAGCAGCAGCGAGUCCUCGAAGCUCGCCGAGAGAGUCUAUUCCGUCCCUACGAAAUCAGCAAGUCUCCUCGACUCUGCCCAAGCAACGGAAGCAGCAGCAACAAUCUCUACCACACCGAUAGCGAGUCCCAGGACUCAACCUGCUUCGAACCUCAAACUGCGGCAGCCGCUGCAGCUACAGCCGCCAGCAUGCUAAUGUUCAACAACAACCACUACCACCCCCGUAUCCCAACUCUGUAUGACUUCACCGCCCAAGCUAUCCCUAGCAUAGACCCACGAUCUCCCCUCCUAAAUGGCUUCAGUGCUGCCUCCUAUCCCAAGCUGCAUGAAGAAAUCAUCAAGCCACCGGAAGUUCCAAGCGAAAUUGCUCGAAUCCCAGGCCAAGGCGCAGCAGCCGCCGCAAGCAUGCAUCCACACUCGAUGCCUCCGCUAGGAUCCCUCUGUAAAACCGUGUCCCAAAUUGGUCAACACGUAGCCUCAAACCCAUCUCCGUCCUCAACACACAACGGAAGCAGCCAUCACUUCUCAGAAUCGCGUUGCAGCACGGCCAGCAGCACCGGAAGUCCCAGCAGUAUCAGCUCCCCGCGGCCAAUCCCUAAACCGACGGCAACGGUCGCUUCAAGCCUUCCGGGAAACUCUGGAAGCAACAACCAUAAUUCUAAUGGAAGCAAUGGACACCAGAACGGUUCCUCUGAUAUGGGCUCGAAUGCUGGCGGUAACACUGACGGAGGAGCUUCCUCGGAUGAUGCCCGGUCCGAGACCGGAAGCAGCAAGGACGGCGAAAAUGGGAGCAACCUGUGGCCGGCGUGGGUGUACUGCACCCGGUACAGCGAUCGACCCAGUUCCGGUCCGCGAUACCGACGGGUGAAAACGCCGAAGCCAAAGGGUGAAAACGAGGAGAAACGUCCCCGCACCGCAUUCACCACUGCCCAACUGCAAAGACUGAAGAACGAAUUCACUGAAAAUCGCUACCUGACGGAGAAACGCCGCCAAGCGCUGAGUGCCGAGCUUAACCUCAACGAAUCGCAGAUCAAGAUUUGGUUCCAGAACAAGCGGGCCAAGAUCAAGAAGACUAACUCGGAGAAGAACCCACUGGCACUGCAGCUGAUGGCCCAAGGACUCUACAACCACUCGACCGUGCCGCUGACCAAGGAAGAGGAAGAGCUGGAGAUGCGUAUGAAUGGACAAAUCCCGAACCCUCGGUUACUGGUCAAUGCAGAUCAGCGCCAGAAGAAAGACCAUCAGGGCCACGAGAUACUGCUCUGCGCUGCGCCGGGCCAAGAGACCGGGCAGGACCACACACGUCGAUUUUUGCUGGCGUGGAGUUUAUUUUCCCAUACCAUCAUCAUCAUCAUCAUCAACAUCAUCAUAAGCAGCGGCAACAACAAUCUCGUUCCCGGUCACCUUUUUCCCCAUAUCUACAACAACAGUAACGGCAGCAGCCACCACUUCUCGGAAUCGCGUUGCAGCACCGCCAGCAGCACCGGAAGUCCCAGCAGUAUCAGCUCCCCGCGGCCAAUCCCUAAACCGACGGCAACGGUCGCUUCCAGCCUUCCGGGAAACUCCGGAAGCAACAACCAUCACUCCAAUGGAAGCAAUGGGCACCAGAACGGUUCCUCGGAUAUGGGCUCGAAUGCUGGCGGUAACACUGACGGAGGAGCUUCCUCGGAUGAUGCCCGAUCCGAGACCGGAAGCAGCAAGGACGGCGAAAAUGGGAGCAACCUGUGGCCGGCGUGGGUGUACUGCACCCGGUACAGCGAUCGACCCAGUUCCGGUCCGCGAUACCGACGGGUGAAAACGCCGAAGCCAAAGGGUGAAAACGAGGAGAAACGUCCCCGCACCGCAUUCACCACUGCCCAACUGCAAAGACUGAAGAACGAAUUCACUGAAAAUCGCUACCUGACGGAGAAACGCCGCCAAGCGCUGAGUGCCGAGCUUAACCUCAACGAAUCGCAGAUCAAGAUUUGGUUCCAGAACAAGCGAGCCAAGAUCAAGAAGACUAACUCGGAGAAGAACCCGCUAGCACUGCAGCUGAUGGCCCAAGGACUCUACAACCACUCGACCGUGCCGCUGACCAAGGAAGAGGAAGAGCUGGAGAUGCGUAUGAAUGGACAAAUCCCGUAAGCUUGAAGGAACAGGCCUGGUUAUGCAAAUUUCGAAACCGAAUCCCGCAUCACCUCUAAUUAGAGGCACAGCUCAGCGAGAGGAGAAAUCUACCGGUGGACCUGCGGAAACAAAAGAAUCCAUAAUGAAGGGCAGCUUGGGAAGCGGCUCCUGAAUAAUUGAUCUCUUGCCAAGGUGGCUAUUGGCAGGCAUUUUGUUGCUGCAUCACUCCCGGUUGACGUUCGACAUUCUGAGCAGUUACAAUGGCAACAGCAAUAUAACAACAUCAACAACAAAAAACGGCAGCGAGAAGCUGUCACUCAUCCCCGCGAUGUGAAUGCAUGAGAAAAGCAGGCGAGGCUUAUUUAUAUACAUAACAACAAUAAUAACACCAAGAAUCAUCUCGGGCUUACUGGGUCGUCUCCCAUUCCCCAUCGCCAUUUGACAGUUUGGGGCAAGCGAGGACUGAUUGGCCGGUGAAAGUUCAUAAAAACAACACCCGAGAAACUCAGCUCAAGUACAAUUACAUUUAAAUAGUUGAAUAAAUGUUCAGCCGACCGAUCCUUUCUCGCGGAACGUCGGAAAUCCGCUCCGGAAAAAAACAAACAAACAAAUCCCAGUUACAAAAACAGCCGAGGAACACAGAUCGCUGCUGGCCGUGUGAAUGUAAACAGAUAGCAUAUUUAGUUCAACCACAGCAACAACAACAGUAACAAAAAGUGUUCCCACUGACAGUUCCCGCUGAAGGUGGCCAAAGUAGGGAUCAGCUUCAUCGAAACCCUACCCGCAAAAUGUAUGUAAAUAUCUCCUAACGUUACACGGAUAUCGGCCUAUUACUGAGAGAUUGAUGCAAAUUUGUGGUGCAAUAUAAUUAUCGAUAUUCAAAGGAACGUUCCAGUUUGAAGAGAAAGAAAACAAUCACGCCUACUAGAAAAACGACAAAACAUGAAAACCAAUCAAGUGAUUAAUUGUCACAAGGAAACCGAUCAGCAAUAGACUAUUUUAGACCAGAAACACAAGUUAUUAGUUGUCAACGACACCAACACACAAACAAACCGACUAGUUGUAAGUACUCACCGAGAAACGCCAGGGAUAGCGCAAAAGCAAAACAUUACAACCUAGUAGACUAAGGCAUAAUCUUGCUCGAAGCUUUUUCCCCCUCUUCUUCUGCUUCGUCUUAUAUUUCGGCUUACUGUAGUAAAACAUGUAAAUUAUUUAAACUUCCAAACGUUACAAAUUAAAAAAAAAACUAGGCAGAGCACUUUCAGUGGACAAAAAACUCAACCCUUAUAAAAGAAGCGCAAAUAAACCGAAAAGCCUCCCUCGUGUAUGUAAAUAGCAAAAGGGCGCGCGUGUAGGCAGAAAAGAAGGAACAGGAGAGUGUGUAAAAUAUAGGAGCUACUAAAAAUUAAUCGUUCGAGAUUAGAGACAGUGUGUCUGUGAAUAUCGCGGAAAGGGGAUCGAGAAGCUAACCGAGUUGAAUUCCCACGCGCGCAUGUUUGUUUCUUUUGCAAAUCUAAUCCCAUUUGAGCUACUUCAGAAGAAGGGCGGCGAUGCGCCGUCGUAUUUGGUCUAAUCUCAAAUUAUGCCAACGUUCAACAACCAGCUUUUUUACCUAGUUCGUUCUAGGUACCGGGAUUCGCUUCCAUGCUAAUUACUUUAGCCUUUAGAGUCGGAUUACACACGCACGGACACCACCCUCGAAAAAUCUCGCAAACACUACUCAAACUAGAUUACAUACAUAAGUAGUUUAUUUAUGGCUCUUAAACUAUUGUAUUAUUCUAAAUAAAAAAAAGCUAUUAUUUUUGCUUGAACGAAACCAUUUGUAGAAACACACUGCGCCUAGAACUUCAAAUAGCUAAUCUUAUCAUUAUUGUAACAAUAAUUAUAAUAAUUAUUACCUACCUAUUAUUUUCCUCUAGUGUUAAGACGAUAGGCAUAGAGGCAGAGAGAUAUGAAUAUUAUUAUUAUAUAAUGAAUAAAACAAAACACACAAAACCAGUAUAUAAAAGAGAGCGUAAAAAAAUACGCUCAUGUGAUAUUGAAUAAAAGAGAAAAUACUUUAAACUAA